ACAGAGCGCGUGCGCCCGCCGGCCGGCACUCAGUUCACCGCCGCGUCGCGCGAACACCACACGUGUGAUACAUGACAAAUCGCGGCGUUUAAAACGAUCGACUAAUUCAUACCAGUGACUGAGAGGGCAACCUCUCGUAGCCGACAAAAUAGCUUCACAAGUGGAAAUGCCUUCGAGCCUGUUCGGGGACUUGGGAGGAGGCGGCAGCCUGAUGGAGGACCAGCGGGCGUUCCAGCUGGCGCUCGAGCUGAGCAUGCUGAGUUUAGGAGAGAGUCUGCCGACUGCUAACCCGCUGGCUAGCCCGCUCGGAUUUGCGCCGCCGCCCGACGACCGUGCGAAGAAAUCCCAAAACAUGACUGAGUGCGUGCCCGUCCCGUCUUCGGAGCACGUCGCGGAGAUCGUCGGACGACAAGGCUGCAAGAUCAAAGCUCUCCGGGCAAAAACGAACACGUACAUUAAGACCCCAGUGCGUGGAGAAGAGCCGGUGUUCGUCGUGACCGGCCGCAAGGAAGAUGUCGCUCGAGCUAAGCGUGAGAUUCUCUCGGCGGCCGAACACUUCUCGCAGAUUAGAGCGUCGCGCAAGUGUGGCGCUGCACCGCCGCCGCCCGCUGGAGCUCCCGGGCAUGUGACUGCACAGGUGCGCGUGCCGUAUCGCGUCGUUGGACUCGUCGUCGGACCCAAGGGUGCCACCAUCAAACGCAUACAACACACCACCCAUACAUACAUCGUGACGCCGUCGCGCGAGCGCGAGCCCGUAUUCGAGGUUACGGGAUUGCCAGAAAGCGUGGAAGCAGCUCGUAAAGAAAUCGAAGCGCAUAUUGCACUACGCACAGGUGCGGCCGGCGGCGCCAGCGCCACGCCAGUAGAAGGAGAGCCUCUGGCACAGCUGUACCGCAACGGUAUCGCGUCGCUGUUACGACCUGAACAAGAAGCGGCGUUCUCGUCUGCCGGCUCGUGCUCAUCGGGCGGAUCGUCGGCUCGGCUCGGCGACCUGCUCGGCAUCUGGUCAUCGACGGAGCGCGAUGAGGGGCUUGGGGAGUCUCCAUCGUUCGAGUCGCCGGGCGGCUGUGCGGCGGGAGUGUGGGCGUGGGGUCCGACGCGGCCCUCGCCGGCGACGUCACCGGCGCGCGCGUGCUCCGUGUGCGGCGAGCGCGGCGUGGCGGCGGCGCUGGUACCAUGUGGACACAACCUGUUCUGCAUGGAGUGCGCGCAGGGGCUGGCGGCAGGUGGUGCGCCGUGCCCCGCCUGCUCGGCGCCCGCGAUGCAGGCGAUCCGCAUCAUCUCAUAAGCGGUGCGCCGCCGGCCGACUCGCAUCUCGUGUCGUCCGAUGGGCAGCCGUGGGCGCGUGGUGGGCGCCAGUGACCUCCGUUCGCCCCACGCACGCGGAUCUCGUCGAGACGCACAUUCUCGUUGUAGGAAUCGAUCUUUUUUACUCGAAUCGUUAUAAAAAUAUUAAAAGAAUAAAAAUUGUGUAAUCGAAAUCCUGGUGCCAAAAGUCGGCGCCUCGCCGGCACGGCCCGUCCGCCGCGCCGUACCUAUCGUAAGUCGGCAGAGUUGUUCACGAUAUAUUUUCUUAUUAUGAACGUUUUUUAUUAGGUCGUCGAGCGCGCGUCGCGCUCGUCGCCGCAGAGAGACUCGAAGUACGUUACGAUAGAAUUUCGAAAAAAACCAUAAAAUUUAAAAAAAGUUGUAUAAUUAUUAUUGAUAGCGUAAUGAGAAAUCGAAAAUUUAUAAAGCUUACUUGACGUAAUAGCGUAAAGUAUUAAGAUAAUAUUAUAAUAGGCGAGGGACGGGCGGCGCGGGAAGCGUGACGCGCGGCCUGUUGUCUGUUCAGAGUCUAGCUAGCGUAGUGUAGUGCAUGCGCGCGAGCGUGCCAGCGUGCGAGCGUGCCAGCAUGCCACGUGCCGCCAUCGCCGCCGCUGUGUAUGGCGCGCCGCGCGCCUAGCUAAUGUGUUGUUUUAUAGGUAAUGAGUUGGUUGGUUGUAUGAAAGCCGCGCCGCGCCCGCGCCCCCAAGCAGCGUCGACCGCGCGCUCUCGCCAUAGAUUAAUGACUGUGCUGUGCCGUUUGCGGGCCGUGCCCGCAGCUGCAGCGCCGCGCACUUUGCUGCGUUGCGUUGCGUUGCGUUGCGGUGCGUUGCGUGACGCUGCGCUGCGGGCCGCGGCGCGCCGUACCGUAGCGAGCUAGUUAGGUCGGUCGCCGCGUGCGCCGCUUCCCCGCGCGCCAUGCUCACAUUAUUUUGACUAUACGAUUAUUCGCUUAAAUGAUAUUAUACGUACACACUAUACUAUGAUUAUGAUAAUAUUAAUAUAAUGUUUGUUUUAAGUGUGUUUUAAUGUUUAGAUUUUUAUUGUAAUGUUUUUAUGGAUGAUUUUUAUCUGUAUGAUUAUUAUUAUUGAUUAUUAUUUUAUGUGUUGACAAUGUUUUUUUGUGAUUAUGUGUGCCCGAAGUCGGGCCGAGGCUGCUGUAUGUUCGUUUACUGGUAUAUCAAGUAAUAAUAAAUUUAAAUAAUAAAUGAUUAAAUAAUAAAGAACUAAUACGACAUUCAUUAUUAUAAAGUAUAGUAGUCUGUAGCUGGACAUUGACUUAUUACCUAUUGAUACUUAUUAAGUAUUAUUAUUAUUAUAUUAUUGAAUAAAUUUAAAGAAUGCAUAAUAAUUAUAUUUCAUAGGAAUCAUUAUUCUGUAUAACUCUAGUUAAAUAUAACGAUAUAAUAAAUAUGUUUGUAUAUGUACCGGGUUACCGGCGGAGCGUGAGUGAGUGAGACAGAGAGAGUGAGAGCGAGAGCGUUGUUGUCUUGUGUUGAGUUCACCGGGGGCCGGUUUUAUGGAUUGAUAUUUUUUUAUUUUUUUACCGUUAUUAGUUUUUGACUUACUCAUGUAAAGAUACGCGAGAUAUGAUUGCCUAUUAGAUUAUAUUUUAAAAAAUAAUGGU